CGCCCCAGGAGGCUGCUGCUGUGGCGGCGGCUGGGGCCGAUGCGGCGGACGAGAACCCCUUCGACUUCCUCGACGCCGUCGCCGCAGAGGACGGCGCCGUCGACGCGGAGGACGGCCCCGUCGACGACGUCCACUCUCACACGUUCAUCCUGAAUGGGGUCGUCUUCGACGGGAACGACGACCUCGACCCCUGACGCGCCCAUCUUCCACGGCCAUUACCUCGACCCCGUCGUCGCCGUCAACCCUGACGCGCCCAUCUUCGACGGCCACCUAGACCACACGCCGCCCCGGAGGACGAGAACACCGAGAUAGAUAGCUCACCUCUAUGGCAUGGACCUUCUGCAGGCCGAGGAGGACGACCAAGAGGAUCAUGCCCUCGUAUCCGAUUCUGAUGGCUCCUAUCACUAUUCAGACGACGAGGCAGAUACAGUGCAGGCCAGGUAUUUUCAUAUCUGCAGUUUGACUCAGGUUGAUCACAUCAGAUGCUACCCCAGGAGGUACUCCAGAGUCAUACAUUUCAUUCUCUCAUCAUUCUGUUUCGGAGAAGCAAAAGAGAUGCUAAAUGGCAUACAGAGGGCGCUCAUAGAUCAAGGUUGUCGGUCUGUUAGGAAUUUUGGGAGGCUUGAGCAAGCUGACGAUCUCAACACCACACUUGGGAGAGUCUACAGGAAACUUCUCAAUGUUGGCAGGCUCUUCCAGCAGCGCCUGAUCGACCUAGAUCUACCUUCUUCACUAUCAGAGUUCGUCCAAGAGCUGGCGUUGGACGGGGUCCACAUACAACCACCCAAUGUUACCAAUCAUGUCAACGCCAUCACCAUUGGACUGAAGGCAAUGAUUGAUUCAGUUUCCACUGCUGCUGGUGGUUAUGUCCAAUUUGCUGGCCCUGUAGACUAUACUGAGCUUAACCAUUGUGCGCAGUAUAUUAUGAGGAGGAUAAAGGCCCUUGGUCAGCAACAUGUUAAUUAUCCUUCAGAUGUUGAUCCAGUUGAGGCUUUUCCACAGGAUGAUGAGAUGCUGCCCCCCCGUGCUUAAUGGCAGUGAGGAAGAGGACAAGGAGGGCAAGGAGGAGGAAAAGCAGGACUUUGCAGAGACUUAUGUUCCAUAUUUUGAUCUUGACCAGCUACCAGAUGAUGAGAUUGACCCUGAGGUGCAUUCGUGGGUCUCUGACUCUGAUGACUCGUGUGAUCAGUAUGAUGAUGAUGAUAACAUCAUGGUUCAGGAUAUCCUCAUCAGGGGUCUAAUAAACCUGCAAUAUAUUAGGAACUUCCCCAAGAAGUACUCACACUGCCAAUACUACAUUAUUGCAUCCUUUUGUUUUGCUGGCAUACCAGAACUCCUGCAUGGAAUAAGAGAAGAGUCCGAGAAGUUGUCCUGGUUAUGGGUGGGCAACAUGGAGCGUCUUAGGCAAGCUUACGACAUCAGAGCUACACGUGGCCACAUUUGCCUUGAUCUCGAGGCCAUCAGGAAGCUUCUUCAUUGCGGUCGGAUAGACCAAGUUCUUGUCGAUUCCUUGGCUGGCUCCUUGAUGCAUCUGGAUUUCACAAGUACGAGGCUGCAACCGCAUUUUAUUCGGUACUUCGUGGAUAACAUUGCAACUUGCCUUCAGGACUUCUUAAGUGCUAUACCUUCAGAUGCUGCUGUGGUGUGGGCUGCUGAGCCACCAUACUUGGAUGAUUUGGCAGUUCUGAAGUCACACUUAGAAUUUGUCACUGAGAGAGUGGAUGCACUUGAGAAUCAGCAUGUGUACUACCUGAAAAACAUCAAGCGUCCUGAGUUAUUGUCUCCCUUGCCUGGGCCCGCUCCAUUGCCCUUCGCAUAUCCAUAGCUGUCCUCAAAACAUAUUGGAGGCCUAUGAUGCUGGCAGUUGAUUGAAGAGAAUGAAGAGCCUGCUUAGCACUCAUCACAAAGAAGUUGUUUUUUUCCUUUCUUUUAGAUUGCGAGGCAAGGUUCAGAGAAUGAAGAGCCUGCUUAGCACGCAUCACAAAGAAGUUAUUUUCAGAAAGCUUGUCAGUCUGUUCUAUAGCUUACAAACCGCUGAAAGCGUUAUGUUCCAAAAACGCUCCGGUGAUUUUGCACUGACGUGGAUUAUAUUUAAGAGUUACGAGUUGGGUCAUAGCUUGAAUGCAUGUUGCUGCUGCUUUAAACUCUGUACAUUUCUCCUGGUACCUGAAAUUUACCGUCGAUGUUCUGUUGAAACUU